UCCCACGCAGCGGAGCUUCAGCUCUUCUCGCCGCACCAGCGACUUGUCACCAAAGAUGGCGAUUUGCUGAGUGCUCAUGGAUACACACAUUUCUCGGCUCGUCGUUGUCUCCCCAGAAACGCCAAACUUAACAACAAAUUAACUGCUCAGCGACCGACUAUUUCUCCGCUGGAUGCCCUUCUGACCGCAACCAUGCAGAUCACGCUGAAAACGCUGCAACAGCAGACCAUCCAGAUCGAGAUAGACCCCGAGCAAACGGUGAAGGCCUUAAAAGAGAAGAUAGAAACGGAAAGAGGAAAAGACAACUUUCCCGUAUCUGGGCAGAAGCUGAUAUAUGCCGGAAAGAUCCUGCAAGAUGACACGCCCAUUAAAGACUACAACAUUGAUGAGAAGAACUUUGUGGUGGUGAUGGUUUCCAAGGCUAAGCCCACCGCCGCAGCUGCCGCUGCCGCUGCCACCUCGCCCCCGGCCUCGGAAGCCCCCAAACCCUCUGUGCAGGACUCUGGCUCCACGUCGACAGCUGUCCCGGCUACAACCUCGGCCCCAGUCGCUGCCCCGGCAGCUGUCCCCAUUCCCCCCGAGGAGGCCAAAGAGGAGCCAAGCGCCGACGCCACGGAGCCGCAGCCGGCCAGCUCCAGCGCCGCCGGUCAGGGUUUGGAUGCUUCCUCAGCGCUCGUGACCGGAGCCGAGUACGAGUCCAUGCUCACCGAGAUCAUGUCGAUGGGCUACGAAAGGGAGCGAGUGGUGGCGGCGCUACGGGCCAGUUUCAACAACCCGCACAGAGCCGUGGAGUACCUGCUCACGGGUAUCCCCAGCAGCCCGGUCCAGGAGAGCAACCCCCCGGCCCAGGCCCCCCUGUCUGGACCCCCUGAAGCCCCGCCUCUAGCCGAAGGAGAGAACCCACUUGCGUUCCUGCGGACCCAGCCGCAGUUUCUGCACAUGAGACAGGCCAUCCAGCAGAACCCCACCCUGCUGCCAGCUCUGCUCCAGCAACUAGGCCGGGAGAACCCUCAGCUGCUACAGCAAAUCAGUCAGCAUCAGGAGUUGUUCAUCCAGAUGCUGAACGAGCCAGUGGGAGAGGGGGGAGAGGCGCCAGAAGUUGGAGAGUUGGGGGCAGCGGGGGAGGAGGGCGCGCCUGUCAACUACAUCCAGGUUACACCUCAGGAGAAGGAAGCCAUCGAAAGGUUAAAAGCGCUGGGUUUCCCCGAGGCGCUGGUGAUCCAGGCCUACUUUGCCUGCGAGAAGAACGAGAACCUGGCAGCCAACUUCCUCCUCAACCAGGGCCUGGAGGACGACUGAGCGGCGCCGCCUCCCUGCUCCGCCCUCCUGCCCCGCCCCAGCUCAGCAUAAAAAGACUGCUCCCCAAAUUUUAUUGUACAGCCACCGACCUGGGCUCAACCCCCGAC